UCCACAUUUACAUUGCCUUUCUUUCCCUCUCUACUUUUAAACCCCCUGCUGCCUGCAUCUCCCUCUCCUCGUCCUACUCUCUCUCUGUCUCGUAGAAAGCAAUGUCUGCUUUUGGCGCUGCCGGUACGGCUAAUGCAAACCCUAAUAAAUCCAUUGAGGUGUUACAGCCUCCUAGCGACUCGGUUUCGAGUCUCUCUUUCAGUCCGAAAGCCAACUUCUUAGUCGCAACUUCUUGGGACAAUCAGGUACGAUGCUGGGAAAUUACAAGGAAUGGGACCACUGUAGGCAGUGUUCCCAAGGCUUCAAUAUCACAUGACCAACCGGUGUUGUGCUCAAGUUGGAAGGAUGAUGGAACAACUGUCUUUUCUGGAGGGUGCGACAAACAGGUUAAGAUGUGGCCUUUGCUCACUGGUGGUCAACCAGUAACUAUUGCGAUGCAUGAUGCCCCUAUCAAAGAGAUUACAUGGAUUCCCGAGAUGAACUGCUUAGCCACAGCAAGUUUCGACAAAACCUUGAAGUACUGGGAUUUAAGGCAGUCAACUCCAGUACACACUCAGCAACUUGGUGAGCGCUGUUAUGCAAUGACAGUGCGGUAUCCUUUGAUGGUCGUUGGCACUGCAGACAGAAACAUGGUAGUCUAUAACCUGCAAAAUCCUCAGACCGAAUUUAAGAAAAUCCCUUCACCCUUGAAGUAUCAGACAAGAUGCAUAGCUGCCUUUCCUGAUCAACAAGGCUUCUUGGUCGGUUCAAUAGAGGGAAGGGUUGGUGUACAUCAUCUGGAUGAAGCUCAACAAAGCAAAAACUUCACCUUCAAAUGCCACAGAGAUAACAAUGAGAUUUACUCAGUCAACUCCUUGAACUUCCAUCCAGUGCAUCACACGUUUGCAACUGCUGGAUCUGAUGGUGCUUUUAAUUUUUGGGACAAGGAUAGCAAACAGAGACUCAAGGCCAUGUCACGGUGCUCUCUACCAAUGCCCUGCAGUACAUUCAAUAAUGAUGGCUCGAUUUUUGCGUAUGCGGUGUGCUAUGAUUGGGGCAAGGGUGCUGAAAAUCACAACCCUGCAACAGCGAAGACCUAUAUUUAUCUGCAUUUACCUCAGGAAACCGAAGUGAAAGGAAAGCCAAGGGUUGGAGGGACUGCUAGAAGGUGAAGUGUUGUCAAUAGAGAAGAUUGGCUGGCAGUUCUUUUUUGUGUUUUCUUAGUCGACAGGUGCUGUCAAUAGAGAUAGUUUGGGUUAGCGAUAAGAGUUCAUGUAGAUCAAUGGUUUUCGACCCUCGUUUUAGGCUCCAUUGAUUCAGCGGUGCUGUUAAAUAGUAGGACGUGUAGUGCUUGCCAUGUUUGGUGACUUUUUGGCGUGGAGUCUUGGUGCUGCAACAGAGGCUCGAUAUAUCCUUUUAAUUUUGACAAAGUUCUUUCUGCAUUUCCUCCCGUGCAGAGAAUCAACAGCAAAUCAUUUCUUGUUUUGCUGUCAAUAUCAAUAUGGAACCUUGAGUCUACAAUUUGUUUUAUAAGCAGUAAACAAAAAUAUAUAUGAAUGGAGGUUUAUGAUCGUCCACUCCAAGUUUUAGCCCU